AUGACCGCUACGUUGAAUGGGAUGUUCAACUCGGUCCCAGAUACACCGUCUCCUGUCUAUCCGGAUAGGCUGAUCCGUCCUCUGCCCAAGCGCACCCUCCGCUCUCGCCUGUCCUCUGAAGCGGCCGACUCGAUUCUUUUCCCACCGGCCCCUCCUGCCACCCAACUGUUCUACGGCACUUCCGUGGAUAGUGGAGAUAUUGUAAAUGACACCAAAGUGUAUGUGCAGCAGAGCGACGAUCGUGACGAGAGCCCCGAGCGGGACCAUCUACCGUAUGAGAACGGAGUGGAGUUGGAAAGUGGUGAUGAGGACGGGCCAGUGGUGGUGCGUCGGAGUGCCGGUUUCCGCGGGUCGUCCCUGUCGCCGUCGGUCUCCAACGCUCCUCCCCAAACACUGCCCAGCAACAGCAACAGUGAAGGUCCGCUGAAACGCAAAAUCCCUACCCCCGGCACUCUAGGUAGUCACCACUCCACACUCUCCCCUGAAUUUUCCACCAUGGGUUUGGCGACCUCGGUGCAACCUGCGUCGACACCAGGCGAAGGCAGCCAUGUGAGCACCUUCUAUGGUACGGGAAGCCCCGCGUCUCCGAUCUCCAGCGGGAUGUCCGGGGCGGGACGAGGCCGGCUUGGGCGCCAUCCAGCUCGCAGCAGCGUCGGGAGGAACUCUUUGUCCCUUCAUUCUCCCAUUAGUUGGCCGCGGAUCCUACCCGACGCGAUGGCCUGUUGUCAUCCCCGGGCCCAGCAGGGUAUCAUCUCCGCUGCCAUUGCGAGCGCUGCCGCGUCGGCAUUUGCUGCUCCCCAUCCGGGUCCCGCAAAUGUCAGCAUGCUCGAACGACAGGCCCCUAUCCAGACCCCGACCCCGACCCAGUUCACCUUCACCUGCGAAUCCGACUCGUCAAAGGGGAUGGCGCUACAAGCCCAGAACCCGUACCCCGCACAGCACCGCUCGCCCGGUACAAUUGCUGCCGCUGUUCAGAGCCAACGGGGCUACUCACAGGGCACGCAGACCAGCCCCAAAGUUGCCUCGCCAGCGAACCAGGCAGGGUCUUCUCAGCAGGCGCAGCAACAACAAUCGCCGAGUGCAGGAACCGAGCCAGCCCCGGCGGGACGGAAAAAGAAGCGGUCGCCGGGCAGCAUCUACGCUCUGGCCGCACGUCAGCGCAAAAUCCAGCAGCAGUAUUCCAAUCUGCACCACCCGCCCAGUAUGGAGGAUAUCUGGAUCUGUGAGUUCUGUGAGUACGAGAGCAUCUUCGGCCACCCGCCCGAGGCUCUCAUUCGACAGUACGAGAUCAAAGACCGCAAAGAGCGGAAGCGAUUGGCGGAGAAGAAGCGACUUCUCGAGAAGGCGAAGAUGAAGGGCCGCAAGGGCAAGAAGGCCACCAAGAACGCGAGCAAGCACGCCGCGGCGCAGCAGGCAGCCUAUGACCAGGGAUACGAUCGAGCUUCGGCAGACCACUCUUCGGCGGGAGGAGGGGCCGGGGUGCAUGACGAGGAGUAUUUAGGCAACGAGUAUGAGGAGGAUUCGGUGCCAACCCCACCUCCUGCACCUCCGAACGCCGUCAAGGGCGGACCACCGCCGGGACACGCUCCCCCAGUGGCAGCCGUUCCAGCCUCGGGCGCUAAGAGUGCAACGGACGGAGGGACGAGGCCGCCCUGA